GCCCCGGUGAAUGGAGUGUGUCUUCAAGCGGCGAGAGAGUGGAGGACUUAACUUGCAGCACUAAAACAUGAGAGCCCUGUCGUUUGCUCUGGCGGGCAUCGUCCUGCCCCUGCUGAGCCUGCCCAGCCCAGGUCAUGGAGAAUCCUACUUUGGGGAUAGUUUCUGCAGCAUCCAAGCUUUCCAAGAUGUCUCCACGUUCCAUGUGUCACUACAGAUGAAAACGAGUCGGAGAAGCGGCCUGUUGCUGCUCGCUGCUGGAAUGCAGGACUACCUGUUCAUUGAGCUCCAAAAUGGGAAAAUCCAGGCCCGGAUGAACCUAGGACAAGAUGAGGUGACCCUGUCAUCCUCACAAGGUCUACAGCUGAACAAUCUUCUGGAGCACAAAGUCUCCCUCACGCUGCAGGACGGCAAGCUCACCAUGACAAUCGACGAGCUCUUUUCAACGUUCGUCCCCGUGAGGAAUGAAGGAGAGGAGCUAAACAUUGACCUGGGCAUUUGGAUGGGAGGCACCGGUGAUCUUGACGCUCCCUACCUUAGCAAUGCCAUUCCACCUUUCCGGGGCUGCUUAACUGAUGUGAAAUUCGAGUCCCAUGACUUUGAUAUUCUCAGCACGCUUUUUAAACAAUGCCACGACACCAAGGAUUCCUGCAGCAGUGAAUUUGAGGCGGGUGACGGAGAGGCGACUAGUUUCAGCACUCCCGAUUCUUUUGUUUCCUUUCCCACUUGGAGCGGUGCAAGCGGAGCACCGAGAGUUUUGGAAUUCCUCAUGAAAACCACCAUAGAGGAUGCCCUUCUUGCUUUCCACCCUGGAAGAGAGAGCGACUUCAUUGCGGUCGGUAUCGUGAAAGGCUACCUGAAAGGUUUGCUGGACUACGGCAACGGCAUGGAGGUACUGGAGAACACGGAGGUUCAGUUGGACGACGAUCAGUGGCACAGAGUUAGGGUGCAGGUCAGUCAGGAGUCGUUUGACAUCAACGUCGACAGUCAGGUCGUGUCCCUUCCUCUGGACGCGUCACAGAAACUGGACUUGGUGGGAAACUUGUAUUUGGGAGGCAUUCAGGCUAAAAUGAAGGAUCUCUUUCGCGAGAGUGGGUCAUUGAACCGUGCAGAGGAAGAAAUGACAGCUGAGUCUUUUAUCGGAUGCUUGGGGGAGAUCAAAGUCAAUCAGAAGGAUAGGAGUCUGCAGGAUGCACUAGUGACCAAAGACGUUCACGUUAAAUGCGAAGGAGAGGACUAUGACUACUCCAGUUAUUAUGACAUUGACACGACAACUUCCCCCCCGCCUCAAACUCGCUAUGUCGAUAUCGAGACGACCGAACCACAUUGCUUCCCGACAGACGACACGCCAGAGAUAUUCAAAAAUGUAACUAAGCUCCUUGACGUUACGCCGUUGCUGGUACCUGAAGGCGGAGAGGUUUUUCUUAAUGUUGACAAUCUGAGCCCAACCUUUGACCUCAGCGCUGCAGGGAUGCGCCAGUCGGAGAUUGUCUUUUCGCUCAAAAGCGACCCCUGGUACGGUGUAGUUGAUAUGAACAUCAACACAAAGCGUACACAAAAAUUCACUCUCUUGGAUGUCGUGAACCAGAAAAUCAAGUACAUGCACGACGGACAUGAAAGGCAUGCAGAUCGAAUUCACUUGGAGGUGCUCGCUAGCAGUAACGCAUUUCUCCCGGAAUGUCUUAAAACAUCGCAAAGUUAUGUUGUGCCAGUUGAAAUUAUUCCCGUCAAUGACAUACCGCAACUGAGUGGAGGAGAAAUCACCAUUACAGAAAACGGCAGAACUCGCUUGAGCCCCGGCUUGAUCAAAAUCACCGAUUCUGACACCCGCUGUGACAACUUAGUAGUAACUGUGACCUCGGAGCCUUCUGUAGAAGUAGGUUAUCUCGAGAACAGUCAAGAGCCGGGACAAAGGAUCACUGAGUUUACAUGCAGGAAUAUGAAGGAAGGGAGUAUCUAUUAUGUGCACAAAGGAGGCAAUGCAGAUUCAAUGACCCUGGAAGUAUCAGACGGACAAUCUGUGAUCCACUCUGCAACUUUUAAGCUGGCUUUAACUCAGCCACAUAUGACUAUUGUUACCAAUACAGGUCUCGUCUUGGCUCAAGGUAGCAAUUCUUCUAUUGGUAUCAACAACUUGGCUGUGCUCACACACCCUCGUAAUGGAGACGUCAUUUAUAACGUAACACAACCGUUGAUGUUUGGGGUACUCAAGCUAUUGACAAGCGAAGGCGUGUUGAAACCAGUCAACGCCUUCCAUCAAUCAGAUCUGGAUCAAAACCACUUAAGGUACAUUAGCACGGAUUCAAGUGACCAGGAAGAUGUUGUUCUGGAACGGAUUCAGUUUGACACACACUUGGGGAAGUUCUCCCUGUGGAAUAAUACUUUCUUAGUCAAGAUCAUGCCUUCUCCGGUGAAACUCUCCGCUCUGGUCCCACUAGAAAUGCAGUCCGGUGAGGAAGUAACAAUCGGAAAUACCGAGCUUCAAGCAGAAGUGAAAGGAAAAAACUCAGACCCGGAAACUGUUAAGUACAUCCUUGUUGAGCCUCCCGUGCUGGGUAGUCUCCAGCUACUGGACACAGAGUUGACUAAAGGGGACACAUUCACUCAGAGAGACAUUAUGGACAAUUAUAUCACCUACAGCGUCCUGGUGCAAAGAGCUGUUGACAGUACCGAUCAAUUCCAGUUCAAAGUAUUUGUUGACGAUCAGUACUCUCCUUUGUACACAUUCCCAAUUAACAUCCUUGCUGAUUCCGAUGCCCCUACUCUGACCAAUGAGGUGCUAACUGUCCUACAUGGUAGUGAACAAGUUGUUGACAAAAAUCAUCUUUGGAUGGAAUCGACCAGCUCUGCAGAUUUUAUGUACCAGAUCACUGAAGCGCCGACACACGGGCGACUGAUAAGGGACUCCCCGCCAGGUCAACCUCGGUUUGAUGGAGCGAUUAGAGUGUUCAGUAAUGAAGACCUCCAACUCAACAGACUGAUAUACCAGCAUGAUGGUUCCAGGACAGUUAGUGAUGAAUUUCACUUCACGGUAUUUGAUCAGAGCGCAGACAAAUUUGGGGUUCAGGAAACAAUUAGUGGCAUCUUCAGGUUAUCCAUCCAAAGCAAGAACGAGCAUGCUCCACUGCAGGUUGUUGAUAAAGUAUUUGAUGUCGUCCGCCAUGGUCAGCGUCUGCUGACGACUGAUGACAUCCGCUUCAAGGAUGACGACUCGGGUUUUAAUGACUCCCAGAUUGUCUACGCUCGCGAGGGAAUCCUCUCUGGUAACAUCGUCUCUUCGCUGAAUCCCUCACAAUCCCUUUUCCGUUUCACGCAAGCCGAUCUACGAGAUAAAAAGGUUCUCUUCAUUCAUCACGGAGCUGAUCAGGAACGCUUCCCGUUGCAAGUGUCCGACGGCUUUCACAAGACGACCACUCUGCUGCAGAUCCAAGCCGGUGAAGCCUACCUGCGAGUCGUCAACAACACGAUCAUCGUCAUUGACCACGGCGGCACUAAGACCCUCGACACGACGCUGCUGAGCGCUGAGUCCAACAUGGACAUCAGGGACGACAGCGAAAUCACGUUUCAUGUAACAUCCCCUCCUAGUGAUGGCAGGAUUAUUGUCAGCGGGGUCGAGUCCUCAGAAUUCACCGAGGAGGACUUGAAGAAGGGUGUUGUUUCCUAUGAACAUAACUAUGAGAGUCUGAGGUCCAAGGAUGCCUUCAGCUUCACAGUCCAAGCAGGAGGACACUCAGAGGAGGGCACAUUCAGGAUUAAAAUAUUCAAACAAGGGUACCUCUCUGAGCCUGAAGUGGUGACCAAUGAAGUCGUCAUUGCCUACGAAGGCGAGCACACCGUUAUCAACUCGGAUUAUCUCAAGGUGGAGCAAGCGGACAUCCUGCCCACAGAAAUGGUGUUCACCAUCAAAGAGCCUCCUCGCCUCGGUCACGUGGUCCAGCUAACAAACAGCUCAGACGGCACCGACUCACCAGUCCUUGACUAUAUUCACUCAUUCACACAAGAGGAUGUCAAUCACGGGCGCAUCCUCUACGUGUCUGCAUCCAUCCAGGGUCUCGACGGCUUCACUAUGGACGUCAACAAUGGUUUUACCACAGUGGAGGACCUGCACAUCACGGUCAACAUCGUGCCUCGCCUCAUCCCUAUCGAGACCUUCAACUUCACUGUGAAGGAAGGCUUCAGCCAGGUCAUCAACGACAACGUCAUCAACAUCUCACACCCCUUCUACAACUCCAUCAACAUCGAGUUUGUGGUGGAGGAGCCGCCGCAGCAUGGGGAAAUACGUUUCCAGGAUGGAGAUGAGCUCACGUACUUCACAUGGGAGGAGAUCAAACUUGGACAUAUCUACUACAUGCACGACAGCACCGAGAACACCAAGGACAGUUUCACCAUCUCCGCCUCGGCUUAUGAGAUCAAGCGCCGCAGCCUACCCGUCACAGUCUCCGUGACUGUCUGGCCCGUCAACGACGAGCCACCGCGACUGACGCGCAACACAGGUCUGGAGGUCCUCGCCGGAGAGGAGGCCGACAUCACAUCCAGCAUGCUAACCACGGACGACGCAGACACCCCCGCGGAGGAGGUGGUUUACAACGUGGAGAUGCCAACCAGCGGCAUGGUGGCGUUCAAGGACUUCCCAGAGGAGGGCAUUGCCAAUUUCACACAGGCUCAAAUCAACAACGGGGAAGUAAUCUUCAUCCACGAGGGUGAGGACUCGGGCGGGUUCAGCUUCACAGUGACAGACGGCGAGCACACGUCUCCUCUCUACAGAUUCGUGGUCACGGCUAGACCCCUCACUAUCACCAUGGUAACGCAAGAGGAGCUGAUGGUGUUCCCAGGAACGAGGCAGCCCAUCACCAGUGCCAAUCUGGGGGCCGUGACUAACGAGGAUGGAAAUGAGAUCAGCUACUCGUUGGUCCACCCCCCUCGUUUGGGGAGGCUGAUCAUGGCCAACGACAAGAACCAGAUGGAGGAAAUCAGCCGCUUCUCCCAAACGCAGCUGGAAUCAGGAGUGAUCUUCUAUGAGCACCAGAUGCCUGAGGACCCCUUCUGGGUGGUGAGGGACUCUAUGGAGCUCAUCCUGUCAUCCCAGCCCGCCCCGGACAUCCGUCACAUGCUGCCUGUCACCGUGUCAUACUACGCCACGCACAGCAACAUCUCCUCUCAGCUGUGGAGGAACAAAGGUCUGGAAAUCGUGCAAGGCCAGAGGAAAACAAUUGAUGAGUCCAUCUUGGAUGCUUCCAACCUCCUGGCCAGCCUUCCUGAGUCCGAGAGAGCCGAGACGGAUGUGGUCUUUGAGAUGAAGCGCUUCCCUGACCAUGGACGCAUCACCCUAAGGGGUCAGGACUUACCUCGGGAUGCACCCUACUUCAUGCAGAAAGAUGUGUUCCAGGGCGAGCUGGAGUAUCUCCAUGACGACUCAGGAGCCUCCUUUGACAGCUUCUCCUUUAGGGCCCGUCUGAAAUCUCAGAGUCGUACUUUGACCUCCCCGGCCGACGCUGUUGUCCUCGAGGAGAUCUUUAACGUCUCCGUUAAACGUCGUGGCUCGGAAUCCCCUGAGCUUGUCACUAUUGACAUGCUACUAGAAGUCCUGCAAGGGUCUAUGGCCGUUUUGACCCAGAAACAUCUGAACACCCACGAUGAAGACAGUCCCCCAGAUGAGGUCCACUUCAAGGUGACCAAAGCGCCAAGAAACGGGCAUUUGGUGGACACUCACACCAUGGACAGCCUCUCUGAGUUCACCCAGGAGAUGAUCAACCGCGAGCAAGUGGGCUUUCAAAGUGACGGCAGCCUGGCGGACGGCUUUGUGGAAUUCAUCGUGUCAGACGGAGAACAUGAGACCGAGCCGCACACGCUCCACAUCGGGGUCCUCGCUCGCACGCUCAUUCUGGACAAAGCCCCGGAGAUCAAGGUGAAGCAAGGAGAUGACGAGACCCUGGUGACUGAAGAGAUGCUGAGAGCAACCACCGGUGGUCCCGUGGAGGAGGACGUCCUGUACAAGAUCACGAGCGUCCCCAAGUACGCAGCGGUCAUGGUAGACCGCCAGCCCACUUCAGCCUUCACCCAGAAACAGAUCAAAGAAGGAAGAGUCAGCGUCCGCUUUGUGAAGUCCACUUCACCUCGCGACAGCGUGGCCUUCAUUGCUCGCAGUCGAGCGGCUAACGUGUCGUCUGUUCUCAACAUCACGGUCCAACCUCUGGCCAAGAUUGCUCAGGAUCCCCGACUCCCCCGAGGCUCGCUUGUUCAACUGGACAGAAAGCUUCUCGACGCGACGCCCCUGGCGAACAAGACCAGGACCAACCCAACGUUCACCGUCAUCCAGCAACCACGAGGAGCUCGAUUCGUCAGAUCUGGUGGUCCUGGUGCAGGCCAGCCGGUAGACUCGUUCAACCAACGAGACCUGGAUGAAGGGCGUGUUGCUGUAGAAAUCCCAAAGAGCUCCUCUGGGUCCCAAGAUGGGGUCACUCAAGAUGAGGCCCGAUUAUUGCUAAAGGCUCAUGGAGUCCCCCCAGCAGAGUGUGUGCUUUCUUUUCAAACUGAGCCCUACAACGCCUCUGGGGUCUACCCUGCCACUCUGUUGACGGUCCCCUCAGGGGCCCCAUCGAAGGACAACAAUAAUGUGGGCGGGUCCCCUCGUGCGACUCCUGAAAGCCCGCUUUGGAAAGCCAACAAGGACCAACCCCAAGUGGAGGCCACCACCGCAGCCCCCUCUGGCACCAGCUCCCAUAGGAACCCCGUGGUUUCUCGACGGGGUAAUGUGUGGUCCAUUCUCAUACCCAUUCUGGUCAUCCUCAUACUCCUGCUCCUGGCAGCCAUUUUAGCGUACUACCUGGUGCGGAAAAACAAAACAGGCAAGCACAACGUCCAGACGGCGGCAUCCAAGCCGAAAAACGGAGAAGUGGCCGGCACUGAAACCUUUCGGAAAACCGACCCGGCAAAUAACAUCCCCAUGUCCAAUAUGGAUUCCAAGGAGGCUGAUCCGGAGUUGCUGCAACACUGUCGGACGACUCCGGCCUUGAAAAAGAAUCAGUACUGGGUUUGAGACUUUGGACCUCACCACCCCCCAAAAAGAGGCCCUUUUCCAAGUCUUCUUAUCAGUAUUAAAGACUUUUGAUGGAUUUUUGUGCUCCGACACCAACUGAUCUCAACAUUAACUGUGGACUGAUUCUCAGGCAACAAGACACUGAAUAGUUGUUGACAAAGCGAGAGGCAGUCUUUUAUCUUCUGGUGCCAUGUCUAUUUAUUUUAUCAUUCCCCUUUGUCAAAAGGCACAAACGACAUAAACAUGCUCCGUGUUUGCAAAAAGAAAAUAUUCUGGCUCUGCCAUCUUUUUUUUUUUUUUUUCAGCCCACAUUUUUACAGCAUUUGUUCACCAUUUUUAUAAUAGAUUAGUUUAAACAUAAAGAAGACCACGAUCUGCCUCUUUUUAUGUUACUGUUUCUUCAGUUGUUUCUCAGGGCUAAAUUCAGUCAUCACUCGCAACAUUUCAUUAGUUUGUCUAUUUUUGGAGGAUUUGGUACUACAGUAAACCUCGGAUAUAUCGGAUUCAAUUGUUCCCACUGGUUUUGUCCGAUAUAAGCGAAAUCCGUUAUAUGCGUAUACCGGAAAAUGUCCGUUUUACGCAUAUAUCGGAUUUAUAUCCGGUAUAUGCGUAAAUCGGAUUUUAUCCGUUAUAAAAAGGCACUUGCUUGACUAUGUUUCCAAUGAACCUGGACGCGCAGGCAACGCUGCAAAUGACGUCGUAUAGCGGCCUGUCACAAUUCGGCGAAUCGGAGCGCCACGAUGCGGCCAUCCGAUAUAUGCGAGGGAAAUUUAAUGGAAAUGCAUUGGAACGGGACUGGAGAUUUUGUCCGAAAUAGGCGAAAUCCGUUAUAAAAAAUCCGAUAUAUGCGAUGAAUUUUUAUUGGAAAUGCAUUACAGAAAAAUCGGUUCUUUUUUAUCUGUCCGUUGUGAGUGAAUUUCCGAUAUAUCCGAGUCCGAUAUAUCCGAGGUUUACUGUAAAAAUAAAACAAAAAACAUGAGAAAAGUUGGUGUAAAAACUUGAAUUUAGCUCAGAGUACUGACCAGUUGGUCUUAAACUAGGGAUGGGGUUGUUCUAAUCCAGUAUCGGAUUACGGUAACCAGCGUAAAUCACGUAUUGGAAUUUGACAAUACCACCUACAGGGAUUUCCGAUCCAUGAGCCACGCCCAUGUUUUGUUGUUGUCGUAGCCAAACGUAGCCAAAAGAGUAGCCAUCCUCCAUAACAGUCGUGUUGGUAGAGACUGGUACUCUUUUAGCUACAUUUGCUAAUAUUCUUUUCACAUAUUAUUACAUAUUAAUACAAACUCAGUUCUGGUAUCGGAAUUGGGUCUGUAUCGGUAGAUAUGUGGAUCAGAUAUGUGGCUGGAUGCAUCCCUACCUUAAACACACCUUGAUGGUUCAGAUGUUCUAAGCAUUCCAUACUGUUGUAAGCUACAUAUUGUGAUGUACUGAAAUAUUGUUGUUGUUUUUUUUGCAGACGUUUAUGUCAUAAUCAUGAACUUUGACUUCCUUGUUCGUCUCUGCUUGGAGGAUAAAAUAAAAAUGAGCUAGACUAGAAUUUCAGUUGUUUCUCCACUAAAUGUUGUCGCUUUGUCUUACUUUUCACGUUAACGUUAAAAACUUACAGUAACUUUUAACGACCAUUUACUAAAUUGUUGUUGAUGUGUGUUGAGAUUUGGAGAUGGCAUAGAGCUCAGGAAGUGAUGUAUUUGGAGGACAGCGUAUAUAUUUCCUGUGAAAUGUUUGUUCUUUCUUACCACACAUUCUCUGCAUUUUAUGCAUUUUUAAAAAAUGUAAAUAAUCAGUUUUUGGUGAGGUUUGGGGUAUUCAUUUGUGUUUGUCUGUACUCCAAUUAAACAUUUAAUGAUAACUAACCACCCUUUUAUCCAUACUGCUCCUUCCCUUUUGUUUUCA